UGGAAGCUGCAGAGCCUCGUCAUAUUUUCCUUGAAAUAGGAGAGACCACUCCAGCUUACUUGGCUCCAAACGGGGCCCAAGGGCUGUCACACUGAAAAAAGAAAGAAAAGGGGAAAAACAACUGCACCACAUGUGAAUAUAAAAAAGAAGAGGACUCUAGCCAAUUGCACCACCACCGGAUGGAAGAGCCCAGCUGACACAACCUGAUCUAGGGAGCUUUGGGUUUACUCCCUUAACUUCAGGAAAGCCUCAACUCAGUUCCUGCAACUUCUGAAGUAUGGCCUGAAUAGGUCCAGUCAUUAUUAUCAGUCCAUUAUCAACUAGGAAACUCUGAAGACACAAAGACGUACAAACAAAGAGCAUGUCAUUUAGCACUCUGUCCUGAUAGUUACAGGAGACACUGAGAAGUCACACUGUAACAAUGACGACUACUUCAGUUGACAGCUGGCUUUGCUCCUCCCAUGGAAUGCACUUUAUAACUAAUUAUAGUGACCAAGCCUCACAAAAUUUCUCAGGAGUGCCAAAUGUCACUAGCUGUCCAAUGGAUGAAAAAUUACUAUCUACUGCGUUAACAACCUUCUACUCUGUUAUAUUCCUCGUGGGACUGGUUGGAAACAUCAUUGCCCUCUACGUAUUUCUGGGCAUCCACCGCAAAAGAAAUUCCAUUCAAAUUUAUCUACUUAACGUGGCUGUUGCAGACCUUCUGCUCAUCUUCUGCCUCCCUUUCCGCAUAAUGUAUCACAUCAAUCAAAAUAAGUGGACACUAGGUGUGAUUCUCUGCAAAGUUGUGGGGACACUAUUUUACAUGAACAUGUACAUUAGUAUUAUCUUGCUUGGGUUUAUCAGCUUGGAUCGCUAUAUAAAAAUCAAUCGGUCAAUACAACAAAGAAGGGCAAUAACCACCAAGCAAAGCAUUUACGUUUGCUGCAUAGUAUGGACAGUUGCUCUUGCUGGAUUUUUAACUAUGAUCAUUUUGACACUGAAGAAGGAAGGGCAUAAUUCCACAAUGUGUUUCCACUACAGAGAUAGACAUAAUGCAAAGGGAGAAGCAAUUUUUAACUUUGUUCUUGUAGUAAUGUUCUGGCUUAUUUUCCUACUGAUAAUCCUCUCAUAUAUUAAGAUUGGCAAGAAUCUACUGAGGAUUUCUAAAAAGAGGUCAAAAUUUCCUAACUCUGGCAAAUACGCUACAACAGCUCGGAACUCCUUUAUUGUCCUGAUCAUUUUUACUAUAUGCUUUGUGCCUUAUCAUGCCUUUCGAUUCAUCUACAUUUCUUCACAGUUAAAUAUAUCUUCCUGCUACUGGAAGGAAAUCAUUCACAAAACCAAUGAGAUCAUGCUGGUUCUCUCCUCUUUCAACAGCUGCUUGGAUCCUGUCAUGUAUUUCCUGAUGUCCAGUAAUAUUCGUAAAAUCAUGUGUCAACUUCUUUUUAGAAGGUUUCAAAGUGAAGCAAGCAGAAGUGAAAGCACUUCAGAAUUUAAGCCAGGACAUUCCCUGCAUGAUCUAUCUGUGACAGGCAAAAUGCCACAGUGCAGCACUAAGGGUAAUUGAGGCAAAAGUACUAAAACGAAUGACAUAAACCAACCUCUUCAUUCCUUGAGACUGGUGAAAUUAUGGAACAAAGUCCUAGCAUGUCCAAAACCCAGAUCUUUAGAAGUGGUCUUUCGCUUGCUUAAUUGCAAAAUAGUUCAAGGCAGAGAAAAGCUUACAUUAACCCCUAGAUUUUAGAACUAUAUGUAGAAUCUUCACAGAAUACAUUGUUAAGCUAACACUUUUAACAGCGGUUAUAAAGUUAAGUGAAGUGCAUGGAUUUAACAACAAAACAGAUGGAAUGUCAUUGUUAUUUCAAGUCACUAAAGAGUUACUAAAGUUAGGCAUGUGAUACUAAUUUUAAAUAUGUUUAAAAAUAAAGUAAUUUGGGGACUGAGUUGAAAUGUCAGUGAACAUGAGUAUUAAUUCAAAAUCUUAUAUCACUUGAUGCUAUAUUCAUUAAUGUCUAAAUCUCUGCUAACAGAUGAAAUAAUAAAAUUCUAAUAAAAGUGAGAUUGCCCACU